GCAAAUAAGGCUUAUAAGCAGGCUAAAGAUCCUAGUACUAUUAAAGACACGCUAGCUAUAUCUAGGCCGUCCUUUCCGCCGAUAGCUCGCUCUAUAUUAAAAUAUUCUCGAGCUCGAACGAUACUAAGUUCUAAACCCCCGAAACAAGGAGCCGCUAGGAUAAGUAUAAGGGCCGCUACAGUAGUAUAUAAGAAGCGACUCCGCUUAGGUCGAGGCACCGGCGACUACUAA